UUUAGGGUUUAUUGGGCAAAUGCGAUGAUUCGAUCGCAUGGCGCCAUCGCCCUCGCGAGUUUUGCGUCGAAAUGUGACGAGCUUGUGCCUUGUCGCGGCGCGAAAUGCAGCAUUUCCUGUGGAGCGACGAGUUCUUCUUCCUCUUCCUCCUCCAAUAGCAGCGAGAAUUAUCGGCGAACUCUUGAGGCGCUCAAAUCGAAGAAUAGGAGGCCAAAGCGAUGGCUUGGACAGAAUUACAUGGUAAAUUCGAAUAUCAAUGACGAAAUCGUGAGAGCUGCCGAGAUCCAACCGGGUGAUUUGGUGCUGGAAAUUGGGCCGGGCACUGGAGCUCUUACGGAUUCCCUCUUGUGUGCCGGAGCUUACGUUAUAGCUGUAGAAAAGGAUCCAGACAUGGUCUCUCUGGUUUCCGAACGCUUCAAAGAUAAUCCUAGAGUGAAGUUGUUCCAGGACGAUAUUUUGAAGUGGCAUAUAAGAUUACAUCUAAGCAACUGGAUGGAAACCAUCAAAAGUCCAUCUAAACUUGUUAAGGUUGUCUCCAAUCUGCCUUUUAACAUCACAACGGAUGUUGUGAAAAAGCUGCUACCUAUGGGAGACUUGUUUUCUAACGUAGUGCUGCUUUUACAAGAUGAGGCUGCUGCAAGGUUUAUUGACGAUUCUCCAAAAGGAGAUGAAUAUCGGCCCAUCAGCAUAUUCAUUCGAUUUUUCUCAGAGAUGGAGUACAAAUUCAAAGUGGAUCGCUUGAACUUUUUCCCUCCUCCCCCUGUUAACGGUGCGGUUGUGUCCUUUUCCUUGAAAGAUAGUUCUCAAUACCCUGAAGUCAAAUCUGUCAAGAGGUUCUUUACUCUGGUGAAUUCAGCCUUCACCGGGAAACGAAAAAUGCUGCGAACAUCCCUGCGGCAUCUCUACAGUAGUUCCGAGGUUGAAAAUGCUCUUUGUUCCAUCGGCGUCGUUGAGACUGUAAGAUGUUUUAUCAUUUUUCCUUUGUUCCUAGCUCGUUCGCUGGAUUCUUCCAGGCAAGGCCUCAUCAACUAUCAUUCAGUCAGUUUGUUAAUCUUCACAACACUCUGGCAGCGCAGAGUGUGACUGAGAUGGACAAGAUGGGCAAUGCCUAGUUGUUUGUGGAGGUACAGAUCUUUUCUUUUUAAUCAUUUUCGGGGGGGAUGCAUUUGAAUUCUUCGUUGGAUCUCCUAGUGCUUGAAUCGUCGAGUCCAAAUUCUUUAA